AAUAUGCAUUCAGUAACAUCUCAGCUCACACAAUACAAUACAUCCCUCUUUACUCACUUACUCACUCGCUUUAGGCUAUACACCCUGAUGGAAAAGGCUCUUUUGAGAAAACAUUAUGCUUACUCAAAGAUCGAUGAGGAAGACCCGGAAGAGAUAAAACAUCGGCAAGCACAGUUCUUGAUCCAGAAAAUACUCUUGCAAGCAGAUAGUCGAAGAAAACCAUCGUUUUUGAGGAUCAGGAUGUGUAAGUUGAAGGUUAGGAUUGGGAGGAGAUUAAAGAAGCUGAGGAAGAGCAUGUUGUUGGGUAUAUCUGUGGCUAGAGUUCGUCUUUACAAGCAAAUAAUUAGUCGAAUGAAAACAUGGAGGCUCUCGUUUCACCGUGGACGUGGGGAGCCCCUUGUUAGCCUUGCUCCCAUGUUUGCUUGAAGUUUUUGUCCUAGUUUCUUUUUGUUGUUUGUUUGUCAAGAAUACUGGCAUCUGGUACUUGUUACUUUAUCAUGUGAUCAAAUGGUUGUGCUGCUUUGAUAAGAUUGUGCUUGUUGGAAAGUUGAAAAGAAUGAUUCACUUUCCAACGGUGCUGAAGAAGGCUUUGAGAGUCAUAGAAAUGUAUUAUAAGACACCUGAAAUGCUCCAUUGAGAUGAGUCCAAUCAAUAACAUAAAGAAAAUCAAGCACUUAAUUA